AAAAAAUUGCCUGUACAGAAUCUCUAGUUAGUCUCAAAGUAUCUUUACGUAAUUUUUAAGUUCCAACUCUUUUUUAUAUAAAAUGAAUUUCUUGGUAUACAUCUCUGCAGCUGUUAUGGUGACGUUCGUGUCUUGUCAAGUUUCUCUACCACCUGGAUACAAAGAAAAAUAUCCCAAUUACUACAAAUUCUCAAAGAAGGCUCGUCCGGCCCGUGACGUCACAUGGGACGACAACGCUGGAAAUGGAAAGAUGUUGGGUUCCCUAGGGAAUAGCCAUCAAGGAGAUUCUGUGAGAUCAAAACUGGCAGGUCAGGCUUAUGAAAACAGAGUUUUUGGUCCAAAUGAAGGCAUUAUUGAUUUCGAGAGAAGGUUGGAGUCCAAAAAGGUAUGUCUGUUGUUGGCAGUCGCCUCUUGCAAGGCCGGUUUUGAAACGGGCGGGUAUGAGGAAUCAAAUGGAAUAUCAAGUCACGACGGAGGAACUUCUGGGGGAUAUGACUUUGCACCGAGCGGCGGACACGACUUCUCAGGGCACCAAGGAGGUCAAGAUUACACACAAGCGCUUACCCAAGGAGGAGGUCAUGAUUUUGGUGGUCAAUCUUUAGGUGGACACGAUUUUGGUGGUCAGUCUUUAGGUGGACACGAUUUUGGUGGUCAAUCUUUAGGACAUGAUUUUGGUGGUCAGUCUUUCGGCGGACAUCAACUCCAAGGUGUCGAACAGGGUCACGGAGGGUUUGGCGGUCAAGACUCCUAUUUGCAAGCUGCUCAUGAUCUAGGAAGUCAUGGGUUCAGUGGAGGUGACACUUUUCAAGGCCACGGAGACGGCGGCCAGGGAGGAGAAUUGAAUCACGAUUUUGGCGGCCACGGAGGUUUUGGACACGACCAAGGACACUUCAAUUUACAAGAUGGCGGAAACGACUAUGGCGGACACGGUCACGACUUUGGUGCCCACGCUAUCCCAGUUAACGAACAUGUCGACGUCGAAAGUCCUGUAACUGUACCACUGUACAAACAUGUUACCGUUCCAGUCCACAAGCCGAUUCAUGUGAACGUGCCGAAACCUGUUUUGGUGGGCGUACCUCAGCCGUACCCUGUCAAAGUACCCGUACAUAAGCCGGUGGCUGUCCCGGUUGAAACUGAAAUCUCUAUUCCUAUUGAGAAAGUUGUGCCUUACCCUGUAGUGAAGCAUGUGCCUUACCCAGUAGAGAAACAUGUGCCGAUUAAGGUUGAAAAAACCGUGACCGUCCAUGUACCUCAGCCUUACCCGGUUAAGAUACCCGUUUACAAAACCAUACAUCAUCAUAAAAGCCAUUAUUAGGCUUAGAUGUGUAAA